UUUAAAUUUUGUAUAAAAAUCAGAGGGUGUCUGUCAGAUAGCACACAAUCAUCAAACAUGAGUUCUCCUGCUGUAAAAUCGCCAUUUGGCGCCUUUGGCAUCAAACUAUACAAGGUAUUACAAGAGACUGAGGGAAAUGUUGUGGCCUCUCCAAUCAGUGCUUUUAUUACCCUUGCCAUGGCCCUUAACGGUGCUCGAGGAAAAACGGAAGCAGAGAUGCUGCAAAUACUUCAACUUCCUGCUAAUAGAGAGGAAGUUGCAGAUCUUUUCUAUUCAGUCAUCAAUAGCUUGAAAAACACAAAGGGCGUGGAAAUGAAACUGGCAAACAAGGCCUACAUUGAUGAUGAUUUUGAAAUAAAAAUUGAUUAUGUUGCUACCCUGGUAAAGUCAUUUUUAACAACUCUGGAAAGCGUCAACUUUAAAAACGCUGGUGCAACAACAAAAAUUAAUGACUGGGUUGCCGACGCUACUAACCAAAAAAUUAUAAACCUUUUUCCAGAGCCAUUAGACCUGACCACCAGACUUGUUCUUGUCAACGCUCUGUACUUCAAGGGCGACUGGAAAAAUCCAUUUGAUAGGACCAAAACGACAACUGCCCCAUUUAAAUCGGCUCUUGGUGGCAAUGUAGACGUGCAAAUGAUGUCACACAAAGCUAAAUUUGUUUACAAAAAAUUGGAACAAUAUGACGCACAACUCGUGGUUCUGCCAUAUGAAGGUGGAGAAUUGAGCAUGGUUAUCAUUUUGCCCAAAGAAGAAGAUGGUUUGCCCAAUUUGGAAUCGAAACUGGGGGUGGAGGAUUUGCCUACUCUGCUUGAAGGUGCCAAAGAGUCUCCAAUUAAUCUUUUGUUGCCCAGAUUCAAAAUUGAGAGCACCCAUGACUUGAAAACAAUCUCUCAAAAGCUUGGUUUGAAACUAUUAUUCGGAGGAACUGCUGACUUCAGUGGAAUUACUGAUGAAAAAGUGAAUGUCGAUUCAUUUGUGCAAAAAGCUUAUUUUGAGGUUAAUGAAGAAGGCGCUGAGGGAUCAGUAUCAAGUGGAAUUUCGUUCAAUUUUAGAGCGGGCCUGCCUACAAUGAACUGCAAUCAUCCGUUCUUUCGCUUGACGUCUUCAGAGCACGUCCAGAAAGAAAAGGUUUUCUCUACUAAACCAUCCUACUCGAAUAUGAGCUCUCCGGUACUGCAAUCACCAAUUAGUGGGUUUGGUAUCAACUUCUACAAGACUUUGCAAGCUACAGAGGGAAAUGUAGUUGCCUCACCCAUCAGCGCAUAUAUUGCGCUUGCCAUGGCACUUAUGGGUGCCCGAGGAGGUACCGAGACGGAGUUACGUCAAGCACUUCAACUUCCCUCUCAGAGAGAUGAAGUUGAAAGAUUUUUCUUUGAGACCAUCAGUGGUUUAAAAAACGCAAAGGAGGUGAAACUAAAACUGGCCAACAAGGCCUUCAUUGCUAGUAAUUUAGAGGUCAAACCGGAUUACGUUUCAUCCCUGGAAAAAAAUUUUUUCACGACAAUUGAAAGUAUCGACUUUACCGCCCCUAAAGCGACUAAAAAAAUUAAUAACUGGAUUGCAUGGGCAACAAACCGAAAAAUUUUAACACUUUUUGAAAAUGAUUUGCCGCCAACCACCAAGCUGGUGCUCGUAAGUGCACUGUACUUUAAAGGAAAAUGGAAACAAGCUUUUAGCAGAUCACAAACUGAAACUGCCUCAUUCAAAUCAGCUGGUAGAAGUUUUAAUGUGCAGAUGAUGUACCAGCAGGCAAAAUUAUUUUAUAAAGAAUUAGAUCAGUAUGAUGCAAAACUGGUGAUCCUUCCUUAUGAGGGCGAUGAAAUGAGCAUGGUUAUAGUUUUGCCCAACAAAGAAGACGGCUUGGCAGAAUUAGAAGGAAAACUUGGAAGAGGAGAUUUGGCAGAUUUAAUUUCAGGUGUCAAAAGGUCCCUGCUUCAACUCUCAGUGCCCAGGUUUAAAAUUGAGAGCACUCACGACCUGAAAUCUCUGCUGCAAAAGAAUGGCGUUAAUUUGAUAUUUUCAAGAAAUGCAAACUUCAGUGGAAUUACGGAUGAAAAUGUGAGUGUCGAUUCGAUUAUGCAAAAAGCUUUCAUUGAGGUCAACGAAGAAGGCGCUGAGGCAGCAGCAGCAACUGGAGUAACGUUUGUUGGACUGAGUGCACUGCAACCGAGGCAGGUCAUUUUCAAUUGUGACCAUCCAUUCUUGUACUUUGUACUAUUCAAAAGGUCUUUCACUAUAUUUGGAGGACGUGUGACCAGCCCAGCCUAAACUUUAAAAAAUCUCUUUUUAAUUCAAUUAUUUGAAAACCAAGGUAUUAUAAUUUAAAUAAACAAAAAAAAGUAUUAAAUUUCUGUAUUUUUUCAAUGAUUCUUAAUUGACAUCAACUUAGUGAAAGGUAAAAUAAAA